GGGUGCACGUGGACUGUGACGGGUCUUACUGGCCUCUCCGACUUCACGGCGGUGAUCAGUCUGUGCUGACCAGCAUACACAAAUAAGCCGUCCUUUGUGCGCAGAUAGGAAUAUUGACUUCGACUGUCCGCAGCAACUAAUCAUGUUCCUCAACACGUCAACCCCGACGGGAAACGCAUCUGCCUACGUCAACGUGACGUCUUACACCCAUAACGACAUCGCACACGUCAUGACAGUCUACGUCUAUCGGAUUAUCUACAUCAUCGGCGUCAUUGGCAACACCUUCACUGCGGUGGUGUGGGUGCGCUCACGACUGAAGGUUCCACCAGUGUGCUACUUCAUCGCCCUGAGUUUGGUGGACAACCUGGUCAUCUUGACCCAUGCUCUGGAGACCCAACACUCUGUGAACAUUCAAGGACUAUGUCAGCUCGUCCAUAUUGUGUUCCUUGCUGUUCAGAUUCUAGCGAUUCUACUCGUACUGGGGAUGUCUAUUGAGCGUUAUAUCGAAAUUUGCCACCCAAUGCUCGGAGAGAAGAUCCUCAGUUUGACACGGACGAGGAGAGUGAUCGUACUUCUGGCAGUGAUGGCCUUCCUACUGAGCACACUGGAGGGUUACACGUGGGCGAUGGACCCAGACUCAGACAUGUGUGACUUACGGACAAACCUCCCAUCACGUUAUCUGUGGAUUUAUGGAUUUAGUGUGAUCAUAUUGUUCUUUCUGACCCCACUUCUGUGUGUUAUUACAUUGAACGUCCUUGUCAUACUCGUCCUCAGCAAGGCAAGACGCCGCAGUUCAGCCUACGGACGAUCCAUGAUGAAACCGGAAAAGGCCAGUUUUAAUACGCCCUUCCUGGUUGUCUCCCUUUACCUCGCAAUAAGUGAACUUGUGUAUGCUCUCGUUCAUCUCUCGUAUUAUCUCGGACCAUCAGACAGUUCGACCUGGCUUCACAGUAGCCCUCUGACGGGAAGAUGGCGUAGCUACGAAAUCAAAUCCAUACCACUGCUGUGUGCCGAUGCAGCGGCAUUGUCCAGUUACGCCCUGGACCUGACUGUGUUCACACUGAGCAGCAGAACAUUCCGAAAGGCAGCUGUGGGUCUCAUUCCGUAUAGGAAACGAACAAACCAAGUUUUUCUUAGCAGGAACUUGUUACAAAGGAAUAACCUAUAAACCUAUUUGCCGAUCAGAAAGAAUAUGUGAUAUGCCAUGUUGGAAGAAGUUUCUUCACUGGAACUGGGACCAGUCUUGGUUCGUCGCAAUAUAUCUGAAAAACGCAGAUCCGCCAUUACAUUUUAAUUUUGCUCACUUGGUUCAUUCUGCAGCCCUAGAAGGUAACGUUUACCAAACAAAGCAUUUUGUUCGCACAUAAACUCAAAUUGUAUUAAAUGUAUGUGUCUCUGAGUGGUUGAGUGAGUGAUGUUCGAGUGGUUGAGUUAGUGAUGUGUGAGUGGUUGAGUGAGUGAUGUGUGAGUGGUUGAGUGAGUGAUGUGUGAGUGGUUGAGUGAGUGAUGUGUGAGUGGUUGAGUGAGUGAUGUUCAACUUCGAUUUGAAGAUUUCUCCCUAUUUAACUUACAUUGUGAUCAGUUUUGUCUUUUCUCCCAAUCGGACCAAGCAGAUUAAAAGUUCUGUUCAUAUUGUGUAUAAAGUGUUCGGGUUACACAUAAAUGAGACAUGUCUUUACGAAGUAGUGUAGUUUUAAGAAAAAUUCCCAAAUAACUAUCGACCGCAAUCUAACAAAAUGAGUGUGUUUGUACUGCGCAAAACCAUUGAGGCGACUGAACAAAUGUAUAAAUCCAGAAACGAUCGCACGUAUCGUUUCAUAAUUUUUUUUUCUGAUCUUCACUCUAGUACUGAUCGACGUGCCACUAUGAAACGUGAACUUCCACAGCAGGAUAUGUCUAACACAGACUUGCAUGGUAUAUUUUUGAUAAAUCCGUCCAUGUUUCUUCUGUGACUUUUGAAACCUUGAAUCCGUUUCCUCAGUGUUAUGUGGUUUAGUUUAGAGUGAGUGAGAUGUUGAUCGAUGUGUCGAGUUCAGCGUUGUGUUCAAAUCCAUGUAUCCCUACAAAACGAACAUACAUGUACCUUCGAAGUAAAGACCUCUAUAUCCCUUGUUUUACUUCCAAUAUCUAAGAAAGUUUAUUACAAGAUGUGUCCGAGUUAAUGUCUUGUAGUGGUCAGGAUAAAUAAUACCCUAUGAUGCAUAAACACAGUCGAAUGUGAUUAAUAUAAUAGUGUGUAGUGUAUUAAAAUUAUGUAGGUAUAAUAGUAAUAGUAACAGAGUCUUGCCCAUUCACUACCCAUUGUAGGCCCGAGUUAUAUCAUCAUAUGAAAAAAAUCAUGUGCUCUGAACAUACGUAGUCGGGCAAAUAGUAAUUGACAUUCCCGCUGUCCACCAACGUCAAAUAUUCUCUGCUCAUUGUCAUAAGUUGCAUACUAAUUUGAUUGUAGCAACAUAUUCGUUGAUAUUGGAAUUCCUAGUUUGUAAAAA